AUGGUCUUGGUGUCACCUGUGAAAGUCCUGUUGCUGUCUCUGAGAAUAAUCACUCCUCUUUUUCGUACUACUGUGCUGGAAGUGCAAGCUGAGUUGAUCACAAAAAACUGCAAGCUGAUUUCAGGGAGCGAUUCUGACAAAAAUGCGCUCAAUUUACUGGAGCCUCUCACAAAUCAAAACUUCACCGCAGAAAAACCGGAGGAUGGAUAUGUGUAUAUUUUUCAGGUGUGUGGAGAUGCUGGCGGAAUGAAGAAUGCAGGUCUUGUGCAGAAAGACAAAAAAGAUGGAAAGCUGGUUCGAAUUGGGAACUACAACCAAACACGAGCUAUUAGAGGAAGUGACUGGGUUCUGCUCUUCUAUGAGGGGGGAGAUAAAUACGAAACCUGUUCACAAGAGCCAAGAAGAGCCCUGAUUAUGAUUUCAUGCAGUACGAGUACUAAGAAUGCAUUUUCAGUGGUUUUGGAGGACAAUCAGAAGGAUCAGGGCUGUUAUUACCUGUUUGAGCUGGACUCUAAUGCAGUCUGUCCUGUAAUCCCAUCCAAACUCAGUGCCGGCUCCAUAAUCCUUAUUAUUGUGUUCUGCUGCCUGGCUGUGUAUCUUACUGGUGGAUUCCUCUAUCAGCGACUGGUAGUUGGAGCCAAGGGAGUUGAACAGUUCCCUAACUACGCCUUUUGGUCAGAGAUCGGCAACUUAUCUGCUGACGGAUGCGAUUUUGUCUGCCGUUCCCGUGGCAACAGAGAAGAAGCGCCCACAUAUAGAGGCGUGGCUACUGAACCUCUUGGGGAAGAGCAAGAGGAAAGGGAUGACCAUUUACUUCCCAUGUGACCAAAUCACAUGAACCAAUGAGAAGAGGCUGGACAGUUAUUACGGUUUUGGAACCCAAAGAGAGAUGUUCAGUUCAGCAGGCGUGUUUCUAGUUCAGAAGUGCUGCUGUUUUUUUUUGUUUGUUUGUUUUUUUUACUACCCAAUAGCACUUAUUCUCUAUUUAUCCCUUAAAAUGUUGAUUUGGGUGUUUGUUAAAUGUUAAAGUUUGUUGACUGGU